GUCUGCUUCAUUGAUAUUCUUCUGCGUGUCGAAUGUCGGUUGCUGAAAACUUAUAAAAGCAACAUUUGAAUGUAAAGGAAAUAUGUCUGUUUCAAGAAGAAAUGGAAGUGGAAGUAUAUUUGGAAGUCCACCUGAUAUCUAUUUUCAACACAAAAUAACUGGUGUUACUAAAGAAAUCUUGCUUGAAUGGUUGUCCUCUCUUAAUGAUGAGAAUGAAAAGAAUAUUUCUGAUUGUUACCCAUCAAUGGGUAUUUUUAAAUAUGGUGAAUUUGCUGAAUUUAUAUUUUUGACAUGUGAAAAGUUCAAACUUUCUGAUGAAGUUCGUUAUCUUGCAGUAGAAUUAUUUGACAGAUUUAUGAAUAAACACACUGAAGAACUUUAUCAGCAUAUUCUUACUUCAGUAAAGAAUAAAAAAAAAAAAUAUUGGCAUAUUGUUCAAGAACGAAUGCAGAAACAAAUCCUACUGAGAAUAUCGUCCUGCUGUCAAAUAGCUAGUAAAUUAACAUCACACUACAAAGUCAUAAUAAAUUCACAAAUUAAGAACUUCUUGUCAGAAUUUGACCUGAAUUACAGUACAGAAAGUAUUUUACAAUCUGAAAUACGUGUUCUUAAAACAUUAAAUUAUGAAGUCUCCACUGCAUCCCCAGUAACGUCUUUAGAAAUCAUCUUGGAAAUCUUAGGUUUUGAAUUUCCAGAUUUAGAUACAAAAAUUCUUCAUAUGAUAUCUGUAAAAAUAAUGGAUCUUGUGUAUUUAGAACACAAAACUGCUUAUAAUCAGCUGUUUAAAAGAGUAACUGGUCAACAACAGUUCACUGAAUCAGAAAGAGAAAAAUUUUUAUCGGUUACAAAUAAUAAGAUGUUCUUAGUAGUCAGCCUUAUAGCAGCAGCUACAUAUAUAAUUGAUAAAACAUCUACUGAUAAGAUUAUUGAUAGAUUGUGUAUGAUAACAAGUAUUCCUAUGGAAGAUAUAGUUGAUUUUACAGUAAUUCAUUUACAGAGAAUUUCCAAAAUAUAAGGUUUUACUGCUAUAGUUUAAGACUGGUGGUCCCUGAAAAAAGAAAGGAUUUCACAUGGUAAUAUAGGUGAUUAUU